AUGAGUCCUGGUGCAGGUCUCAUUGUGAAUGAGAAGAGCCAGAACCUGAGGCGCCUGCAGGCCCAGAGGAACGAGCUGAAUGCCAAAGUGCGUUUGCUGCGGGAGGAGCUGCAGCUGCUGCAGGAACAGGGCUCCUACGUGGGAGAGGUGGUCAGAGCCAUGGACAAGAAGAAAGUGCUGGUCAAGGUGCACCCAGAGGGGAAGUUCGUGGUGGAUGUGGACAAGAACAUUGACAUUAAUGACGUGACCCCCAACUGCCGCGUGGCCCUUCGCAACGACAGCUACACCCUGCACAAGAUCCUGCCCAACAAAGUGGACCCUCUGGUGUCCCUGAUGAUGGUGGAGAAGGUUCCAGAUUCCACCUAUGAGAUGAUUGGGGGUUUGGACAAACAGAUCAAGGAGAUCAAGGAGGGGACUGAGCUGCCAGUCAAACACCCCGAGCUCUUCGAGGCGCUGGGGAUCGCCCAGCCCAAGGGGGUGCUGCUCUAUGGUCCCCCAGGCACUGGGAAGACCCUGCUGGCCAGGGCUGUGGCCCAUCACACCGACUGCACCUUCAUCCGGGUCUCUGGCUCCGAGCUGGUCCAGAAGUUCAUCGGUGAAGGUGCCCGGAUGGUGCGGGAGCUGUUUGUGAUGGCCCGGGAACACGCCCCUUCCAUCAUCUUCAUGGAUGAGAUCGAUCCCAUCGGCUCCUCCCGCCUGGAGGGGGGGUCGGGGGGGGACAGCGAGGUGCAGCGCACCAUGCUGGAGCUGCUCAACCAGCUGGAUGGCUUCGAGGCCACCAAGAACAUCAAGGUGAUCAUGGCCACCAACCGCAUCGACAUCCUGGACUCAGCCCUGCUCCGUCCCGGCCGCAUCGACAGGAAGAUCGAGUUCCCUCCCCCCAACGAGGAGGCCCGUUUGGACAUCCUGAAGAUCCACUCCCGGAAGAUGAACCUGACCCGGGGCAUCAACCUGCGGAAGAUCGCGGAGCUGAUGCCCGGGGCCUCAGGGGCUGAGGUGAAGGGGGUGUGCACAGAGGCUGGGAUGUACGCCCUGAGGGAGAGGAGGGUGCACGUCACUCAGGAGGACUUUGAAAUGGCUGUGGCCAAGGUGAUGCAGAAGGACAGUGAGAAGAACAUGUCCAUCAAGAAGCUGUGGAAGUAAUGGUGAGGCUGGGGCUGCUCCUCGGGCUGUGGUGUCUAAUAAAGUGCUGCUAUG